AUGGCACCCGCAACCGAAAUCGCGACGUGGUCCCUCAAAGCCGGCACAGACAUCGACGACCCCUCCUCCAACUCAGGCAAAGUGUGGGCUUCCACUCUCGACACAGUCUCCUCUCAACCAGGCUACCAGCGCGCCUACUAUGGCCGCACCCUCGAAAACCCCAGUAUUUUUCAAUUUCUCGUCGAUUGGGAUUCAUACGACCAUCAUCAAGACUUCGUCAAAUCGUCCAUCUACGGCCCCUUCGUGAAACACCUCAUGACGAUCGUCAACGGCGGAUUCACUAUGCGCCACGCCAAUUUCGAGCCGCAUCCGCCGAGCAAGGUGGUGGGAAAGACAAACGCGCCGGUGACAGAGGUAUUGACGGCGUAUGUGGAGGCGAAGGAUGAGGGGUAUGCGGCGAACGUGACGAAGUUUGGGCACAAAUUGCAAGACGAACGAGUGCAAGGGUUCAAGGGAUUCUCGAGCGGGUGGGUGAUGGAGAAUGUAGAGCAUGAGAAGUUUGGGGAAGGAAAGAAAGGCCAUGCGUAUGUGGCCGUCUUCGGGUACGAGACCAUGGAGGAUCAUGCGCGUGUUAGGGAUAGUCAGUUCUUCAAGGACAACAUUGGUCUUAUCCGAGAGGGUGCCGCGGGACUUCAGAUGCAUCAUGUUUGCUUCGACGAAAAGUAG